AUGGUAUGUCCUAAUAUUGAUCCACAACAGCAUGACAGCCUAAUGAUUGUCAUUGCUCAAUCGGCGCCAUUCGAAAUUGUUGAUAAGCCACCUUUCGAAAUUGGUCUUAAUGCAAAUAUUUGUUCCUUACAAACAUCAAGUAAGAUACUGAUUCAUGACACCGAAACAUUCAAUGGAUCAACUAGCUCCAUUAAUUCUAACAUUUCAUGUACAAUCGAUGCUCCUAUAUUUAACGACAGGGCCAAAAUUCGUGUCAUCAUUCUCUCGACCAUCAGCAUCGUCUCACUGAUUGGCAACAUUGCUGUCUUGAUCACCAUCAGGAGGAAUCACAGGAAAAGCCAAUCGACGAUCUAUCUCCUGAUUGGUGUCUUGGCCAUUGCCGAUCUUUCUGUGACAACUUUCUGCGUGGUCGUGGAUGCCAUCUGGGCUUAUACAGUGCAGUGGAUGGCAAAUGAUGCUGUUUGCAAAAUGGUGAAGUUUCUUCAGAUGUUUUCGCUUUAUUUCUCCACAUUCCUGCUGGUGGUUAUUGGCUAUGACCGAUACGAUGCGAUUCGUUACCCCAUGCGGAGGGCCUACUCCAAGAGGAAAGUUCGAAAGUUGCUACUCGUCGCUGUUUUGCUGAGCGCUGUCUUCAGUACACCACAGGGUGGUUCUGAACACUUGGGCAAAUCUUUAAGGGGUGAUAGUAAACAGGACAAACAGUAUAAUGUACAAAAUGAAGGCCCCAAACGUCUUUCGAAGGAUAUACGCGCCAUUAAAGUUUAG